GCCCUGUUCAUUUUAUAUUCUCUGUUCACUCCCUGGGCCCUCCUUGUGUCUUCCUGUUGACUCUGUUUACCUCAUCAGAGUUAUUUGUAUCUACUUCCCUGCAGCUUGUUGGCACACAUCAUUCUUUGCUCUCUGCUUGUUUCACCCCUUUCACCUUUCCUAUCCUUUGUUACUUGGGUUCAGGGAGCCAUUGUGGUUUCAUUUUGUGUGGGUUGCAGGGGAAUGGUUGGAGAUAAGGGUAGAAAGGUGGUUUGAUGCCAGGGCCUAGAGGACCUGAGAAGUAGGGAGACAAGAAAUAAUUAAGUAGGGCAUCAUUAUGCAGGUUUCUGUGUGAUAAUGAGGUCAUUUGGACUCAGUGUACUAGUCUGAUUGUGUUGUGUGGCUUGGGUUAAAAUGGAGAGAGGAGGUGGCAGGGAGGCAGCAUAGCAGAGGAAGCCCUGACUUAGGGAAGUAAGUUUGGUGUUCGGUUUCAGCGGUAAAAAAGGGCUUACUCGGGUAUAUUUUCCUUACCUUUCUCCAUUCCCAUAACUGUUUUCAUGUAAAAUGGCUGCUUUGCUUGAAGUGGGGUGCAGUACCUAAGGUUCUCCUCUCUGACAUCUACAGUACUCAGGGGGCAGCCUCUUGGGAAUCUGGGGGAAUUGUAGGGUCGUUUGAAAUACGGAUUAAAAUAACAGAUUCAUAGCAGCUUUCAAGAGUUUGUAUGUCUCCUGCUUCUCGGUGUGCACCUUGUUGUAACAGUAAAUAAUACAGAUAAUGCCUUGUCUACAUUGGCUUGCUUUCAAAGACUCAGAACCUCAAGCUCAGGUAAAAGGAUUCCAGCCACACAUUUCCUCUUCUGCUCUGUGAGUCACUAGAGGAAUUCCCCAGUAAGGCAGCAUUCCUGAGUGCCAGGUUAUGCCAUGAGAACAGAGUGCUCCGAGGGGUAGAGUCUGAGCAAGCAAGGCCAAGGGCUCAGUUGUUGGGCUCACAAGUACCUUGACUAUCGCCCACAGGUGAUGGAGGACGAGGAGAAGGCAGUGGAGAUCUUGAUGGGCAACACGGAAGCUGCUCAUCCUCCAUCCCCCAUCCGCUGCUGCUGGCUCCGCCUCCGCUGCUUGGCAGCUACUAGCAUUAUCUGUGGCUGCUCUUGCCUGGGAGUCAUGGCUCUGGUGUUUGCCAUCAAGGCAGAAGAGCGGCAUAAAGCAGGCCGGUCCGAGGAGGCAGUGCGCUGGGGGGCCCGGGCCCGGAAAUUCAUCCUGGCCAGCUUUGCUGUCUGGCUUGCUGUCCUCACUCUGGGUCCCCUGCUGCUGUGGUUGCUUUCCUUCGCCAUCGCUCAGGCUGAGUGACCCUGGAUGGCCUCUGCUGAGAGCCAGCUGAGACCUCCUGGAUCCUGCAAUGCGGCAUUGCUAAGGUCCUGUGACAGCAGUGGUUGGAAGGAUCCUGGUUGGAAGGAUGGGGACUCUCAAGGGGCUUCGGAAGAGCUCUUCUAGCCCUUUAUAAAAGGAGGGCAGCAGCUGAGACUGAUGAGAGGAGGGCAGCCUGCUCUGUUCUUUCAGGGCCCCCCAUCCCUGUCUCCCCCACCCAAGCCCACCCUAGGCCUCUACCCAGCGGGAGGGGUUGAAGACCAGGCCUGGUUUUAUUAGAAUUUGUUUUGUAAUAAAAGCCUUUUUUAGUGGUGAAAUACUCCUGUCUAAUUGUUCUCCCCCUGCUUUACCUUGGGCCCUUGGUGAGAGCCAGUCUGAACAUCUGACUGAUAGCAGAAGCUAGCAUCCACCUCAUCCAGGAGCUUCAAGAGAAGGAACCAAUUUUUAUUUUCUUCUUCUGGAAGUUUCCCUUCUUGGAAAGACCCUUUCCAAGGUCUUUCCAACGUACAAAGGAGAAGACCCAGCUUCUCCUUUGUACGUCCACAGAGACUCUGAGGCCAAGAGUAGUAGCAGCUGCUAUUAUUUAUGACUUACUAUAUUCCAGGCUGUGUUCUAAGCACUUUGUAUUUCUUAACUUCCUCCAGUUUUCAGUCACUCAGUAGAUACCUAUACUAUCAUAUCCAUCACAUGAAUAUGUCACAUAUGAUAGGUACCAACUAUCUGAGUGAAAACUGGAGGAAGUGUUCUAAAACAACAGUGUUCUCAUUUUAUAUUUGAGGAAACAAGACAGAUUUACACAAGGUCCUCAGCUACUAAAUGGUAGAGCUGAGACUGAACCCAAACAAUUUUGGUUCCAGAGCUGAGAGAGGAGUGAAAGAGUUGGGUAACAGCAACAACUAUCCUGUACAUGGAGAUUUGAAUGAUUAAAAUGGAUUUUCAUAUCUUUUAUUUUGGACCUCAUAAUAUUUUAAAUUUUUUUUUUUUAAAUUAUGAAGUAUAUCAUACAUAUAGAAAAUUACCCCAAACAAAUAUGUAUACAGUUCAUUAACACAAAGCAAACAUGAAUAACCACAUUCAGUAAAGAAAUUGGAACAUUGUCAACACUUCAAAGCCUCCAUUAUACUCCUCCCAAUCACUGCUACUUCCUUUCUUCCCACAGGUAACCACCAUACUGACUUCUAGCAGUGUCGUUUAAUUUUGUCUGCAUUUGAACUUAAUGGAAUCAUGUAUUCUUUUCAUAUU